AGGCGGCGCUGCGCGGCGCGGCGCCUCCAGGCGCUGCUAGCCCGUUAGCUCGGCCAGCGGCAGUUUGAUAAGUUUGAACCGAACCGUAACUUCGCACCGGGUUGAAGAGAAAACAUGGGCCCAGUUAGAGAUACUGGGAGAACAGCGGAGAGCUAAUGGAGGCCGACUGGUGCCGCGGUCCACUGGGUCAAAGUACAGCUGGACAUGUGGACUCCCGGUCCUGAGCAGUAGAAGGAGGUGCUACUGCAGAACCGGUUCUGAUUGGACCUCUCGGUCCAGUUUUCAGACUAAAGCAUCUGCAGCGCAGUCAGACUGGAUGUAGCUGCAACACUCACAGAUUCUGAGCUGGAGUCAGGACGCCAUCUGGACCCUGAACACGCUGCAGAGCAACGCCAGCGUCCUGCAGCAGGCCCGCAGCGGGCAGAGAGACCCCCGGCAGCAGCUGCUGUCCAUGCCGGGCUUCCUGGAGCGGGCCGGGCUCACGGUGGAGCAGCUGGAUCACCUCAACAUCAUCCACAUCACGGGGACCAAGGGCAAGGGAUCCACCUGCGCGUUCACGGAGCGGAUCCUCAGAACCUACGGCUUCCGGACCGGGUUCUACAGCUCGCCCCACCUGGUCCAGGUGAGGGAGAGGAUCCGCAUCGACGGCCGGCCAAUCAGCAACGAGCUUUUCACCAAAUACUUCUGGCAGGUUUACGGACGGCUGGAUGAGACCAAGGAGGCUCAUGGAGGGACGAUGCCAGCGUACUUCCGGUUCCUCACCAUCUUGGCGUUCCACAUCUUCCUCCAGGAGAAGGUGGACUUGGCCAUCAUCGAAGUCGGGAUCGGAGGAGCGUAUGACUGUACCAACGUUGUCAGGAGGCCGUGGGUCUGUGGCAUCGCCUCUCUGGGAAUCGACCACACCCAGAUUUUGGGCGACACCAUCGAGAAGAUCGCCUGGCAGAAAGCGGGAAUCUUCAAGCCGGGCGUUCCCGCCUUCACGGUCCGGCAACCGCAGGAAGCCAUGGCGGUUCUGAGGGACCGGGCCAGAGAGAUCCAGUGUCGGCUGCGGGUCUGUCCGGACCUGGACCGGUACCAGACGGAGUCCGGAGCGCUGCAGCUGGGCCUGGCGGGUCAGCACCAGCGCUCCAACGCGUCGCUGGCCCUGCAGCUCUGCCACACCUGGCUGCAGAGGAGGUGUGGCCCAGAUUCAAGCCCCGCCCUCCCUGAUCCGAACAGCAGCUCCGUAUUGCAGGCGGACUCCUUCCGGCCCGGGGCCGCCAUGGUGAAAGGCCUGGCGGACACGCAUUGGGCCGGCCGGAACCAAACGCUGCGACGCGGCGCCAUGACCUACUUCCUGGAUGGAGCCCACACCCACCGCAGCAUGCAGGCCUGCGUCCAGUGGUUCCAGGAGGCCGCCCAGUCCCAGAGCGGCGCCAGUGGAGCCGUGGUCCGGGUUCUGCUGUUCAACUCCACCGGCCAGAGGGACGGUGCCGCCAUGCUGAAGCUGCUGCUGCCGUGUCACUUCGACUUGGUCGUGUUCUGCCCCAACAUCGCCGAAACCGUCGCCACCGGCAACGCAGACCAGCAGAACUUCAAUGUCACAGUGGAGGCCAUGCUGACCUGUUGCCUAGACAACGAGCGGAGCUGGCGUCUCCUUAGCGACGGCGGAGACGAGUACGCGGCGCCGCUGCUGAUCCGGGACGGCCCGGCGCCGCUCGCCGAGAGGAAGGCAGACUCGCUGGUGUUCCCCUGCAUCCUCAGCGCCCUCCGCUGGAUCGCCCAGGGAAGAGACCCGGUUCUGACCGAGCCGGCCCAGACGGCGCCGCCCGUCACACCCAGCAUGGCCGCCAAGGCCGCGCUGCUUCAGGACGCAGCUCACAUCCACAUCCUGGUGACCGGCAGCCUGCACCUGGUGGGCGGCGUCCUCAAACACCUGGACCCAGAGGACGGGUAGACUGGGAACACUGGGAACACUGGGUGAUCUGGGAACGCUGGAUAAUCUGGGUAAUCUGGGAGGAUUACCCAGAUUACCAAGUUCUUCCAGACUUGGUGAAACUGGACCUUCCAGGUGGAUUACUGGGUUCUGUCCCGGUUCUGAAGCUCCUCUCUCACCAGUCGGGUCGUCUUGUUGUUUUGGACUUUCUUUACUUUCCAGGUGGUUCUGAUCAGUGAUUGGCUGCUGGGUACCAUUGGGUCACAACGGUCCAAUCACAGCCCGGUCUGCGUCUUAAACUUAACAGAACCGAACCAACCGUGACCCAGCUGACCUUCAGAACCAGAACCCGUUGAGGAGCCCCAGCAGGGGUCCGUUCAGUGUGAGGGCCCGGUUCUGAUCGGACCGGGCCUCGGGUUUCUGAGUCUCACUUGAAGCUGAACUUGUUUACAUGAACUGCUGGUCUCUGCUGGACGGGCCGGCGCUGCAGAACCGGACCCAGCAGAACCAGAACCUCUGCCUUCAUGAUGUCAGUCUCUCUGUGUUUCUGUCUCUUUUACUUUGUUUCGGUUCUGUGGGAAAGAUUUCAACACUACUGAGGAUGGUUGCGGUUCUGAUCCGGUUCAGAUCAGAUUUAAAUUAGCCUUAAUUUAAAUGGUUACACUGACACCUGCAGGCGGUGAGGGGUACUGCAGGCAUCAGGAUUAAUGAAUAUUCAUUCAGUCUGAAUCGGAUCCAAUCAGGACGUUGGUAUCGAUAUAUUAAUUCCAUGAAUUUCUCUCUAGACGUUUGGGAGUCGGACUGCAAUGAAGAUGUCAGAAAAUGUUUAAAUUAUGGAUUUAUUUGGUGAUGAUGGUGCCAAUAAAAAAAAUAAAAAUAAAAAUGGU